AUGCUUCUAUCUCAGCAUAUUAUUUUUAUUGCAAGUAUUGUACUUAUUGGUGCUGUUGGAAGAUCAGCAGCCGGUCAAAAUUGGGCAGUACUUGUAGCUGGUUCAAAUGGUUGGUACAACUAUAGACAUCAAUCUGAUGUAUGCCAUGCAUAUCAAAUUUUACAUAAAAAUGGUAUUCCAGAUUCAAAUAUUAUUGUUAUGAUGUAUGAUGAUCUGGCUAAAGAUAAACAAAAUCCAACAAAAGGUGUAAUUAUCAAUCAUCCAGAUGGUCAAGAUGUCUAUAAAGGUGUACCACAUGAUUAUACUGGAAAAACUGUUACACCUAAAAACUUUAUUAAUGUCUUACUCGGUAAAAAAGAUCUUAUGAAAGGCGUUGGUAGUGGCAAAGUUCUUGAAAGUGGCCCUGAUGAUAAUGUUUUCAUCUAUUUCACUGAUCAUGGUGCUACUGGUCUUGUCGCUUUCCCAACAGGCGUCGUAUGUUUUUUUAUAUAUUUUUUUUCGUUACAAAUUAAAUUCUUUUAUUUUCUUUAGCUU